CCCGUGCUGCCUUUUACCUGGUAGAUUCUGUCAUCCUCGCCGCCUCUUCGCAAGUCGAGGCUGAGCGAAUUAGUAAAUAAAUUUGCUUCCGAAAGUAAAAUAAAAAGUCCCCUGCCAUGACUGCCACAGGCAACGGCCUCACCAGCAACGGCGAGCCUCAACUCCAGCUGAACAGGGCUGUGGAGACUGCCGAUCUCCUAGAGUCUGUUCAGCAGCUCAUCAUUCCCUUCAUCAAGGCUGCCGACGAUGCCGCGGCCGACAAGGUCACGGGGAAUCUGGGCGUGAAUGCCAACGGAGAGCCUCACAACGUCCUGAUUGACUCAAGAAAGCCGUCGGAUCUGGUCGCCAGGCUAAAGUUCCUUCUGCCGGAGGAAGGGCUGGGUAAAGAUGGCCUCUUGCAAACCAUCGAGAGGCUGCUCAAGUACAGCGUGAAUACCUGGGACCAAGGGUUUCUGGACAAACUCUACGCGAGUAAUACUCCAGUGGGAGUUAUCGCCGAUCUCUUAUUGUCUGUUCUCAACACCAAUCUGCACGUAUACAGCGUCUCGCCGGCUUUGACCGUCAUCGAAAAGACAACCACCAGGGCAUUUGCCAAUCUCUUCAACUUUGAUGGGCAAUUUGCCGGCGGCGUCUCAUGUCCCGGAGGCAGCGGAUCCAACCUCACAUCUCUCAUCGUAGCCCGCAACACGCUGUACCCGCAAAGCAAGACCGGAGGCAACGGCAAGCAUGACUUUGUCGUCUUCACAAGCGCACACGGCCACUAUUCGGUGGAAAAGGCCGCCAUGACGGCCGGCAUGGGCUCGUCCGCCGUGUGGGCGGUCCCCGUCGACGGCGAGGGCCGGAUGAGGCCGCAAGCCCUCCGAGAGCUCGUCCUGCUCGCCAAGAAGCAGGGCAAGACGCCCUUGUACGUCAACACGACGGCCGGCACCACGGUCAAGGGCUCCUUUGACCCGUUUGAGGAGAUUGGCAAGAUCUGCAAGGAGUUUGGCCUGUGGAUGCACAUCGACGCCAGCUGGGGCGGCAGCGUCAUCUUCUCCAAGGCGCAGGCCUGGAAGAUGAAGGGCUCGCACCUGGCCGACUCGCUGACGGUGAACCCGCACAAGAUGCUCAACGCCCCCUGCACGUGCUCCCUGCUGCUGGGCCCGGACGUGCGCAUCUUCCAGCGCGCAAACAGCACUUCGGCGGGGUACCUCUUCCACGGCGGCGGCGACGAGGAGAUUUGGGAUCUGGCGGACCUGACGCUGCAGUGUGGCCGACGAGGAGACGCCCUCAAGAUUGCCCUGGCUUGGGUCUAUUACGGCGCCAAGGGUUUCGAGCGGCAAAUCGACCACGCUUUUGACAUGGCCAGCUACCUAUACAAGCUCCUGGACGAAGCCGGCGACUAUGUCAUGGUCUCGACGAACCCGCCUCCCUGUCUCCAGGUCUGCUUCUACUCGGCCCCUGGAGGCAAGUUGCCUUCUGACAGGAAGGUGAACACGCUCAGAACGCAGCAGAUUGCCCAGGCGCUCAUUGGGAGAGGGUUCAUGGUCGAUUACGCCCCCGGCGACCACGGCAGCUUCUUGCGUGUCGUGGUCAAUCUGCAGACGCUGGAGGGAACGGUGGAGGGUCUCGUCAAGGCCAUGAACGAGCUGAGCCAGGCAAUUCCCCUCUGAAGA